UAACUACAUCGCGGUCCGGGCCCGGCUAAUGUAUUAUGUCAAAUAAAUAUUAUGAAAUUGUAGUAAAAUCACAAAAAAAGCUACGUGAAACUUAUUACUAGACUACCAUAAUAAUCAUAGUUCUAUUAAAAUGGUUAUCCUAUUCAGCAUUGGCGUUUUCUAAAUGUAGUUUAAAAACAUAUUUUGGUGAUUUGGUUCUGCUUCAUUUUUAAAUAUAUUUUACUUCAAUACAAUGCGUUCAACCAGAAAAAGAACUACCAAGCCAGUCUAUAAAGAUGAAAAUGAGAAUAAUUCGGAUGUAGGCGAUUUCAGUGACUCCGGUUCUGAUGCUGUGAUAUCUGCACCACCAAGUUCUGAAGACGAAGAGGAAUCCUUUAUUUCUGCAGGAUCCAGCGACGAGUUUAAAUCAAAACCCAAACGUAAACCUCAAAGCCGGCCUAUUAAAAAACAAAAUAAGUCCUUCACUAAAACUAUUAUUAACAAAAUAAACAAACAAUGCCAGCAAUAUAGUGAGAAUGAAGAAGUUCAAGAUAAACCUGAAUUUACUAUAAAAGACCUGACUGACGCUGAUAAAUUGUUACCAAGUCUUAACCUUUCAGAAAGUGAUAGCAGUGAUGAUGAAGAAACUAUGCCAAAAAAAUCACAAAAAAAAGUUUUUAACAAACCAGCUUUUAUGGAAACCACUGAGGAAACUGUGAAGGAUGAAUGUCCAAAGGUUGAGUAUAGAGAUGUUUGGUCUAAUAAUGACAAACCUUCUAGCAGUGAAGAGAUAGCAAAAAAAGCAUUUUUAGAGCUAGAACAACAUAAAAAUAAAGUUGAAGAGGCUAAGACAUCAAUUGAAAAUUACAAAUUAAGAAAUGACAAUAAAGAAUCUAAUGUUACUGAUUUACUUGCAUUAGGAGAAGUAGUAUCUCCUACUACACUUAAACUGCAAAAUAGAGCUGAUAGUGAUUCUGAAAUGGAAGACUGGGAAGAAGUUGAUGAAAAGAAAUCAAGUAUACCUCAACAUGGAUUACAGUUGGUUGUAGGUAUUCCGGGAGCAGUUUGUAGAAAAAGCAAAAAAAUUGAUGUAGAAAUGAUGAUGAAAAGGAAACUCAACCGGGCUAAAAAAGAACAACAAGUUUACAUGCACAAAGUUCAUGUUUUGAUUUGGCUUGGUCAUGGUAAUUAUGUUAGCAAGGUUUUGAAUGACCAGUCCAUUCUAUCGACUGCUUUGUCCCUAGUAGCUUCUCAAGACUGCUAUCCUGGUGAAAGAGUUGACAUGAAAUAUGUGGAACAAAUAACUUCAUGGUAUCAUAAUAAAAUCACAUUGAAACAAGAUAAACAUGAGAAUAAAUUUCGCCCAAAAGCGCCCCCCUUAACUGUUAUUUUACCUGAACAAAUUAAAAAGAAAGUAUUUACUACAAAAAAAUACAUAGUUUUUGUUUUCGUGUCAAUGUUAAGAGCUCUAGGAUUACAAUGCCGUGUUAUGUUUAAUUUUAUAACUGUGCCUCUAAGGCCACCUUCUUCUGAGCUUUGUUCAUUAUCUACAAAAGUUAAAGAAGAUGGAGGAGAAGAAAAGUCUAAACAAAGUAAUAAAAAUAAAACUAAAGAAAUAACGAAGGACAUUGAUGAUAAAAAUAUUGCUCAGCUAGAUGGUAAUGAUGAUCUUGGAUCAGAAAGAACUAGAAGAACAAGAAGUGCGCCAGCAAAACAAGCUCAGAAGCACCUUAAUGGUAACAAAAGUGAAAAUGAGGAUGUAUCUCCACCUAAAAGGCCUAAAAAGAAUGUUAAUCCUGAUAUUGACAAUAAAUCUGAUUUUAACAUUCAAGUGAAAAACCAGAGGCCAAGCAGAAUGUGUAGGAAGAAACUUGGUCCUACUGAAGAACCUCAAAAACAACAAAAGUCGUUAUCCUUAAAAAAUAAGAUAGAUAAUGAACAAAAAGAAAAUAGCGAACAAAAAAUUCAAAAUGUCAGAAAUAAGCAAGUUUCAAAAUUAAGAAAAAGCACUGCAAAUUCUGCAGAAAUUCCAAAAAUUGUAAUUACAAACGAAAAUAAUGUUUCAAGCAAAUAUUUUAAAGAAGACAAGAAAACAACGGAACCGCAAAUUCGUAAAAGAAGAACACGAAGUACCGAUUCAAGUACAAGCACGGAAAUAAAACAAGGUCAAGGUAAAAGAACUACAAGAGUAAAACCAACAACUAGUGAAUUUUUUGAUACAGUAAACAAUAAACAGAGUCCUGUGAAGAUGAAACGUCCAAUGAAAAGGAUUAAAUCUGAAGACAGUCUCAGAAUAAGCGAUAGAGAUAUAAAAAAAUCACCAUCAAAUUCAAAAACUGAUGUAACUACUGACUUAAUUCAUAUCAUAAAAAAAAGUGUGAGAGAAGCCAAAGAAAAAUCAAAAAAAGGAAUUGUUAAAGGGAAAGUUACGAAAGAAUCAGAUGAUGAUAGUGAUUACCUUCCAGUGGAGUCACCAAAAUCAAGAAAAUCUAACAGUGAUGAUGACUUCAAGCCAUCCAAAAUUAGCCCUAAGCCUGGCCCAAGUCGUAAAAUAGAUCGACGGGUGCUAUCCACAGAUGAUAAUGACCUACCUCUAAAUAAAAUAGAUGUUUGGUGUGAAGUGUUUGUUGAAGAACUGGAGGAAUGGAUUGCAGUUGAUGUCAUUAGAGGAAAAGUUCAUAGCACCAAUGAAAUAUAUAAUAAAGCCACUCAUCCUGUUAACUAUGUGCUUGGAUGGGAUAACAAUAAUUACUUGAAAGAUUUAACCAGAAGGUAUGUCCCACAUUGGAAUACUGUAACAAGGAAGCAACGGGUGGAUAUGAGCUGGUGGGAUGUGGCUAUCAGACCGUGGCUUGGACCUAAAACCGCAAGAGACAGAGAGGAAGAUGAACGCUUGGACAGAAUGCAACUUGAAGCUCCACUCCCCAAAAGUAUUGCAGAAUACAAGAACCACCCGCUGUACGCCCUCAAGCGCCACCUGCUCAAGUUUGAAGCUCUGUACCCGGCGGACGCGGCCGUGCUUGGCUUCGUGCGAGGUGAGCCCGUGUACGGGCGCGAGUGUGUGCACGUGUGUCGCUCCAGGGACACGUGGAUGAAGGAGGCCAAGGUCGUCCGCUUGGGGGAAAAACCGUACAAAAUUGUGAAGGCGAGAGCUAAGUGGGAUAAGCUUUCAAACAAGAUGAUAACCGAUAAGCCUCUGGAAGUGUUUGGACCGUGGCAAGUACAGGACUAUGAACCACCUACGGCUGAAAACGGGGUGGUUCCUCGGAAUGCUUAUGGAAAUGUGGAACUGUUCAAGGACUGUAUGUUACCAAAGGGAACAGUACAUAUUAAAUUGCCAGGAUUAAAUCGAAUUGCGAAGAAACUCAGCAUUGACUGCGCUCCCGCCAUGACCGGAUUCGAUUUCAAUGGCGGCUAUACACACCCGGUGUUUGAGGGCUUCGUUGUGUGCAAGGAGUACGAGGAAGUUAUCACGGAGGCUUGGAUUAAAGACCAAGAAGAGCUCGAAAGGAAGGAAAGAGAGAAAAUAGAUGCCAGAGUUUACGGCAAUUGGAAACGUCUCAUUAAAGGACUGUUUAUUCGUGAACGGCUGAGGGCUAAGUAUGGUUUUGAAGAACCGAGUACAUCGAACAAGGAGAAGAAACCAAGAGGGCCCCGGUUCGUGGCGACUAAGAAACAUAAAUAACUGUGAAGUAUGGUAGUAACAAAUCAAGUAUAAUAUAUUUGUUAUCCCAUUGAAUACUUUUAAUAAAAAUACAAUGGUUUAUAUAUUUUUGAAGAUAGAAUCAUUAAAAUCACUUGUGGGAUAAUAAAAUAAAAAAAAAAUGUGAAUCAUUUGUCAUCACUUUUGAAACAAAAUACGUUUUGGGGGGGCUGGACCCCUUUAAUUAACUUUUUAUGAAAGUUAGUAGACUUGUUAUCACAUGGAGUAUGGAUAUCUCAGACAAGUCAUUGAAUGGUCAUUAAUAACACAGCUUGUAUUAGAAAUAGCAUUUAGAGGGCGCUAGACAUCAUUAUAAUAUCUAAUGCGCAAUAACUGUUUUAGUGACUUCUUAAUUAGUUUAGUGAUUAAUUUUGUAUAACAAUUUUGAUUAAUUUACAUGUUACAUUGCCGGAAGUAUAUUGUUAUUGUUUUUUUAAUAUAGCGAGUGAUGUGAUCACGACAUAUUGUUAUUUAUUGUUAGUGUUAUUGUUAUAUAAUAAUGCUGUGGUGUUGUUGCAUGAGAAAACAUAACAUAAUGUUAAAGUGCAGUGAUUGAUAGAAUUUAGUUGAAAAAUCCAGUUUGAAAAUUGAAACUUAGAAAUUAUGUGCAUGAUUUGUCUUUUAAAAAUAUUCAGAGUAUUUAACCAGUUGAAUUUUUUAUCUGCUUUAUUAACCAUUUACUAUAACGAGUCCCUAUUGUCUACUGUUAUUCUUAGUAUGUUCCACCUCAAUCAUCUGUAGUCACAUAUUUUGUGGUUCUGUCCUUACAUAUGGCGUUGUAUCUCUCUUUGGUUAAAUACUCUAAGGAAUAUAAUUUUUAAUCACUUUAAGGUAUUCUUAAGUUUAGCUGUAAUGAAUAAGAAUGCAAUAAUAUGUUAUUGUAUCUCUGUUUUGUAAACUGUGUGGUGUAGAGUCCGCUUAUAAUGACACAAUAUUUUGGUUUUGAUAUUUAUAUGAUCAUAGAUGAAGGCAGUUUGUGUACAACAUAAUAUUAUCUAGUUUAAUAGUAGAAACAGUACAACACUGGAAACAGCCAAGCGCCGAGUGAAAGGUGAAGCACAUUAAUAUAAUAUAACGUUGGUCACUUUAACCAAUAAAAUUAUCGGAAAACUGCAUCAUUUAGAAUGGUAUGUCUGUCAAAGCGGAGCUCUCAGUACACUACAACCAAGUUUGAACAAAACCAAGCUUCACCCCGACUACUGAAGCAUAGUUAUAGGUAUUACUAGAUUGUACUGUGUGUGAAACAUUUUUUUUGUGUGCUAUAAAAUAAAAAUUACAUGUAAAUUACAAUCUUUAAAGAUUUAAUGCAAAUUUAAUUUGGCAGCCGAGUUACACUCAUAUAGUCAAAGAUAUAAAUAUUGCAUGUGCCAUCGAUGGGGUGCAACAUCCUGACAAUACAUUCCGCCUUUACUUGUGUGUCUAUAUUCAAUUGUUAUAUAAUUAUGACAACUUGUGGUGUAGGAUAACAGCAAUAUUUUUGAAUGUUUUAAUUAUUCAAACACUGAAAAUUACAACAUAAUAUUGUUCUACGAAAUACGUAAUAGAUACUUUAUGGACCGCUACAAUUUUCAAUUGAAGAAAUGACACACUUGUUAAUAUUAUUAUAACUGCAAUAAUUAUGAAUACCUAAGUACCUAAUUAUAAUAUACUUACUUUUUAUUUUAUGAAAUUAGAUGUAUUUGAAUUGUGUUAGCAUUUUAUUUUCAUAAUAAAAUUGUCUUGAAUGAUA